AUGGUGCAAACUGGGAAGACAGCGGCGUCCGCGCCGGCGGCCGAAGCGGGGCAAGCAAUACAUCCACACCCUCAGCAGCAGCAGCAGCAGCAGGAACAACACCAAAACCCGCAAGGACAACAGCAAGGAGAAGAACAGGCUUCACAGCUGCCCGGAAGCGAUAAUAUGGUGGAGCUGUACGAGUACGAAUCUAGGAAGCCGCUAAUAGGAUGGAGCGGCCUCUUUCUCCCGACCGGCUACCACUCGUGGCAGGACCGCAGCGGCCGUGCAACCCCGCGCAGGUCUGAGUUCGUGCUGCCGCCGGGCUUCGAGUGGGCGUCGGAUUGGGUAUGCGUCGACGGCGACGUGAGCGGCUGGGAGUAUCUGCGACGGGAGGGUGACGGCGCACGGAACCUGCGCCGCCGCUGCUGNGGAGGGUGA